AUGUCCGUUAUGCGGCCGUCAUCGGAGCGGCGGCCAAAAUCAUCAGUGACGACUGACCUGUGGCGACGCGUCCGCUCCACCGAUGCCAAACCAUGGGACAGCUCAAUUCAUACAAACGGAGGCGGAGCUGUAUCAGCGAGUGGGACGGGGCGCAGAAAGCUCGCUGCGGUAAAUACGACGGCGCAGGGGACACCUCUUCGAUCCUCGUACUCCACCGUGGUCGCAAAUCCAGCCGCCGCAUUGGUGGCCAGCGUGCCACCAAUGAAUGAGCCACAGGUGGAACUCAUGAGUCAGCUGCAGGACGUUGUUGUCCGCCUUUCACAGAGUGCAGUGGGGGAAAAGCAGCGCCUUGCUCACAUGCAACAGCGUUUGGACGCCUAUGCGGCGUUGGUGCGGGAGCAAGAUCGCAUGAUUGAUGAACUUAGAGGAAUGAACAUUAGACUGCAAAAGGAAAAAGAUGCACUUAUUUCUUUUCGACAGCAAAGCCUCAAUCAUGACCUCCAACUUAUGAGCAACCUGGAAAACGAUGGAGGGAUAGAUGAGGAGGUGCGGCGGGCCUACACAAAAUUUGAGGGACAGCAGAGCCCUUAUGGAGCGUCUUACAACGGUUCACUCGGGGCAAUGACUCCUCCGUGUUCACGUGGGUUUGUACAUUCCUUGGUGGCUCAGCUGCGCGACGAGCGGCGCAAACGCUUAGAGGUAGAGGAGCAGAGCAGUCGUAUGAUUGGGGAACAGCAAGUGACAAUCCAACGACUGGAGGAUCGCCUAAGACCACAAACUGUGGCACCUCGCAGUAGUUUGGCUGCUCGAAUGGAAGGCUCACAAGCUUUUUACCCGAAAAAGGCGUCAAAUGAAGAAGAUGCAUCCAAUACACCUAUGCAUUCUUACUGCACCGAGGCUGUGUGUGAGCCCAUAUUGUCGACAACGCCGCAUGCGACAAAUCAAGAUGAAGUAACUUCACAAGUACGCCCGACUGUACCUAUUGUGCCACCCAUUCCACUGCCAGACCGCAAUAAAGAGAUCGUUGUUCUUGUAAGCGAUCCUUUACGACAUGCAGGAAGUAACGAACAAGAGGAUGCCCCAAAUGUUGACGUUUCCGUAGCAAUUCAUGGCACAAGUUACGAAGAAGCUUCCGCCAUUUUGUCUGACAUUCGAAAAAGACACGGAUUAUAA